ACGCAUGCGCAGUUGUGAUGUGACAGCGGAUCAUGGCGGCCGAUUUUCAAAGUAGAGAAGCUUUGCAAAGGAUUUUUGUCCUAAAGUAGAUUUCUGGACCAGAAUGUGAUUUUCUACAAUGGCAGAAAGAAGAAGAAUUAUACCUUCUUCGGUUGGACCUUUUAUUAAGCAGGAAGAGGCAAAACCAAAGAAGCCAACACUACGAUUUACACUAUCGUUAGCCGAGUCGAACGAACGAGAAUGCUCCGAAUUUAGUUUCUCUCAGCUUAUGAAAAAUGCACUGGGAGAUGAGGUUGAACAACCGGAGCCAAAAUUCAACGAGCUCGAAGAAGAUGACCUUACAGGAAUGGCAGCCUUGGCGAGGAAAUUUGAACAGAAAUAUGGACCGCAGAAAGCCAAAAAGAAGAGGCAACAGAUUGAAGAUAUAAUUGACGUUGGCCUUGGCUACGAUGAAACUGAUCCCUUUGUUGAUAACUCAGAAUGUUAUGAUGAGUUGAUACCAUCGAUGCUGGAUACACAACAUGGUGGAUUCUACAUCAAUUCCGGCCAAUUAGACUUCAAGGAGAUUGAUGCUUCUUCGGACGACAGCGAAAUUCAUGUACAUAAGAAACGGAAAAAUAAUAAAUCUGGAAAGAAAAAGCGAUCAAAAUCAUCAGAAAGUCGUAAUGGGUCCAAGAAGGAGAGAAAGAAGCGCAAAUCCUCAUCGAUGGCGGACACGUCCAAGAAGAAAGCCAAGCGGCACCUUAGCGGUCAUCUUGGACGUGAGAAGAAGAAAAAGAAGGAUAAGUCUAACCCUCUAACAGUUGCCGAGCUGCUUCAGCGGAAAGCCGAGGUGAACUCUGGUUUUUCCAGUAAAGCAACGGCGAAGACUCCAGUAGCACCAACGCUGAACAACGGGAGCAUCACCACGCUUGAAGAGGAAGCCGCAGACCUCAUGGGCAGCUUCAACCUGCCGCUCGACAGCGAAAUGGAGCAAGCUAUGCGGGAUGUGAUGGUGAUGGACGUGGAGAAUACUAUGGGAAUGGCGAGUGAUGCCGAGAUGAGUGCUUCCGCCAAUGAGGGAGAUUCUACUAGUGUAGGGUACACUAAAUGUCCAGAGGGGCUAAAGGAACCACUUAAGUUGAACAUAAUGAAGAUAAAAGAGGCUGCAAGGAAAUCAGAAGAAGGGAAAUGCAAGUUUUUCACCAGUGAAGUUAAUGACCUACUUUUAGAUAUUGAAACGCAACUGCGGGCAUUAUCUUGUGGGACAAGGUCAACCGUGUAUAGCCAUCUAUCCCACCAUUUACCUUGUGGCAAAGAGACGCUUUUGAAGAGAGCUAAGAAGUUGAGGCUUAGUCAGCAAGAUAGUAAACUGAAAGCACCGCUGCAAAAACUCAGAGAAGCGGUUGGUCAGGCCAUGCCAACUCUACUGGAACGUUACCAAGAAGAGUGCCAAGCAGCCACCCAAGCAAAAUAUGAUAAGAUAAUAAAUGGAAAAGAGAAACCAGAAGAGAUUAAAUCCGAAGAGGAUGAUGAUGGCGGUGGAGACAAGAACAAAACUGGAAUCAAAAGCUCUCUUCCCAGGAAAAAAUUCAUAUGGACUGACACCCUCAGGGAUCUGCUGUGCAAGGUGGUGAUAGUGAAAGUGAGGGCCUACGAGAUGUUGAAGAGCCGGUCACAGUCAGCUGAAGACUACCUCAAGGCCUUUCUAGAAGCAGAAAUUAAAGGGUUUUGGCCUCAAGGUUGGAUGCAGACAAGAAUGCUUUUUAAAGAAUCAAGAAGUGUUCACCAACACUUAACAUCCUCAAACCCAGUGAAGCCAAAAAAGCCGUUUGUACUUUUGCACAAGGUCCAACUUGCAAAAAAGUCACCAUCCCCAGUUCCACCAGAAACCCCAUCUAGUGCUCCAAAUCCAGCUCCAUCCGAAGCUGUCGCUGGUCUGAGCUACGCCAGUAGUAUCCUGAAGGAAAUGGCGCACACGAAAAAAGCUGACAACGCUCAGAAAGAUGUCCCCACUAUUCUUGAUUAUGCAAAUAAGAACAAUGCCGCAACAAAUUACUCAGUGAUAUACUCUUCCACUGCCAAGGCUGCUGGCAACACAAGUGCUGCAAAUUUACCGUUGCGAUUGAGUGGAAAUGUUGGUAAAACAUCUCCCGUAAUGGGUACACAAAGCUCUAAUCAACACAGUGUUGAACACCUCCAUGCCAAAGAUACCAAUAGCCAUCAACCCCAACUGAAUGCUAUAAAAACUGCGAACAACAAAAACUUUAAUGACUCGUUUGUACAUAGUUUGAUUGCGAAAAAUCUUAAAAUGGCAGCAGAUUCGGUGGGGUCACAGGAAGGUUUUUCUGAUUUAAAACCGCCAGAUAUGUCGUCUGCAUUUGAGUUGCUCGCCGAAGCUGCAAUGGAACACAGUGAUGCAUCCGGUAAAAGCACGAAUUUGAAAAGCUUGGGUGACUCUCGGCAGCAGCAUAGCGUAGGUAUAUCUGGUUUGAACCAGUUGAAAACAUUGAACAAAGACAAAAAUACCCAACCAGUUGUUAGAAUGAAUUUAUUGGAUAAAAAGUUAUUAAAAUCUGUAAAUAUGGACUUGGCAAAUCAAACCAAGCAUAUGUCGCUGCAUAGUAGUCAAGGAACUCAACAGAAAAGUUACGCCAACUCUUCAAGUACUGCAAGUACGCCAUUGACAAUGCCGAAAGGAACUAAUAACGUGACACCUAAAUGGUCAGGAAAUUCCUACCUCAAAAUGGUAGACAAAACAAAACAAUUACCGACUCAUGCAACGCAGUUUGCGACAAAUACGCAACAUAAAAACAUGUUCCAUACUACAAUCCAUGAUGGACAUACUGUUUCCAAAGAUAAGGAUUCAUUAAUAAGCAGUAAACUGCCCUCUAAGGAUGUUAAUACUUCUCCUGGAGUAAUGAGUAACACAAACAAACAAUUUUUAACACCUCAGCAUGUUUCACCUAAACGAACUGUUCAGACAAGUGGGUACAUGCAACAGCAACGGGGCAGCAAUGCUAGCGUCAUUCCCCAACGACUAUCAUCCUCGGCGCCGAAGCAACCAUUGUCGCAACAUGUAAAACAAACGAAUCGUACUAGUCCCUCUCCCUUUAAUAGUCAAUCUCCAACCGGACCGUCAUCCAUGGCUGCCUCGGGCCAUUCUCCAAUGUCUCCCAGAACGUCACCAAGUAGUCCCUCGACGAUGUCGGCAAGGUCGCUUUUCCAUCAUCCGACAAGUCCGCAGCAACAGCAGCCGACAACAGUGGGGGCGGUACCACAAAUGAAUUUACUUGGUCUAAACUACGCCAAUAACUACACAAUGCAACAGUUUUCAGGGUUUCAAAUGCAGUUCGCAGACAUGGCCAUGAAGCAUUCUGGAAAUUUUGCAAUGUCUGUAGGUCAGGGGUCACCGGGUCAUAGUUUACAACAACAGUCGUCGGCAAAUCAAACGUCACCAGAAGCCGUCAUUACCGGCCCAGCUCCCGGAACAUUUUACUAUACUCAAGGUGGAUCAAGUGGCGUGUUUAACACUAUGCAUGGCAAUGCGCAACAACAUCUACCUCAUGAAAUUCCUCAAUUCCAUCAAACAUUUACAGAUCCCCGGUUCAGUCAGGACUCCUCAGGUCAGAUGCAACAUCGUAUUCCGUAAUGAACAGUACUUACCACAUGCACCUUACAGUUCUUGUCUGCAAUAUGAAGUACGGUAACUGUUUCAACGUUGUGCAUCCAGCCAGUCUAGUAGUAACCCAACAUGUUUCCCUCAAGUUUUCAGACUGACACAUAUUUGAUGUGGAUGAUGUGCUAAGCUCUGUUUUUUUAUAGGCAGUUUUUUUUUUUUUUCUUCUUUUGGGGGGCAAUUGAAAUGAUAACUUUUGUAAACAUUCUCCAUCAUAUUUUUAAGAGAGAUACAGUACCAUCUAUAUGAACCUAACAACAUUAACAAAUUUAAUGGCUUGCAAGUUGUAUAUUAAAUUACAUAGGAAUAUUACAAAAAUAAAUAUAUUACAUUCUAUAUUUUAUUAACUUUCAACAAAAAACGAGAACAUGAAUUAUAUAUACAG